AUGGCGCGGCGACAGCAUCUGACGCUGACCCUGCUGGCCGUCAUGCUCUUCCUGAGCCUGACGUACUUCAUGGCCGGCAGAUCGAGCGUCGAAUACAGCCCGAAGACGAGACUCGAGGAUGCGGCCCUCCCCACAGACCCCGACAGCAACGACAGCAACGACAGCGCAGGCGACGGCUUCUCGGCCACCGACAUCUCCGACCGCAUUCUCCAAGGCGGCUCGAUCGCGCCCAAGCUGGGGAACGCCACGGCCAAAGCCGAACUAGGCCGCGCCUCCUGGAAGCUCCUGCACACGAUGAUGGCGCGCUUCCCGGAAACCCCCACCCCCGACGACAGCCUGGCGCUCGAGACGUACAUGCGGCUGUUCGCGCGGCUGUACCCGUGCGGGGAGUGCGCGGCGCACUUCCAGAAGCUGCUGCGCAAGUACCCGCCGCAGACGAGCGGGCGCAACGCGGCGGCCGGGUGGGCGUGCUUUGUGCAUAAUGAGGUCAAUAAAAGGUUGAAGAAGGAGGAGUUUGAUUGUAAUAAGAUUGGGGACUUUUAUGACUGUGGGUGUGGGGAUGAGGGGGGGAAGAAGGAGGAUGGGGGCAAGAAGGAGGAGGCAGGGGGGGAGGGUGGGGAGGCGGCGAAGGGGGAUGAGUUGAAGGGGCGGGAGGGGGUUACGGUUGAGAAGGAGGAGGGCUUGACGAGGGGUGGGUGA